ACGCAUACACGGGCGCUCGUGCAGCUUGAUACAGUUACAGUUACAGAUCCAGCACGCAAUUCGCGGCCAAUUGAAACGAUUCAAAGAUCGCGAGUGGAAUAGAUCGGAGGCGACACCAACACACCAACACAACAGCACACAGACGUACGCGCACUGUGGCAAGAGGCAGCGUUCUUUGUUGCAAAUUACCGUUGCAUCCACCUUUCAGCGCCACCCCCUCCAUCGGCCUCACCGAUUCGCGAUCCACGAUCCGCCUUCUGCCAACCGCCGCCAGCCAGUUGCUUCCAGCCAGUGAUCCGAUGCAGACGUUUCGCUGAAAAGGAGCGCACAGCCAGAACAGAAGAAGAACCAUGUCGGCGGUGAACCAGAAGGAGAGUCCCAGCCGGGACUCGACGGCCUCCACAUCCGGGCACAUAUCGAUGCUGGCUGACAACACAUUGGAAUCGCUGUCGCGGGACUACAGCCUGGGCAGCUUGAACUCGGCGGGCAGCCAGGAUGAGUUCUUUCGCUGCCGAGACCAUGCGGACAAUAUACUCAAACGGAUGCAGCUCUACGUGGAUAGCCAGCAGCUGUGCGAUGUGGUCCUAAUCGCUGGCAUCGAUGGAAAGAGGGUGCCCGCCCACCGCCUGGUGCUAUCGGCGUCGAGCGCCUACUUCUCGGCCAUGUUCACGGGAUCGCUGCGCGAGACCAAGGAACAGGAGGUGACCCUCGGUGAAGUGCACGGCGAUGCACUGCAUCUGCUGGUCCAGUACUGCUACACCGGGUUCAUUGAGAUGCGCGAGGACACCGUGGAGACGCUGCUGGCCACCGCCUGUCUGCUGCAGCUGAAUGCCGUGGUGACCGCCUGCUGCAACUUCCUGGCCCGCCAGCUCCAUCCAUCCAACUGCCUUGGGUUCGCCUUCUUUGCGGAGCAACAGAGCUGCACCACGCUGCUGCGUCUGGCGCAGGCCUACACCUGCCAGUACUUUAUGCAGGUGUGCCAGAAUCAGGAGUUCUUCCAGCUGAACGCCGAUCAGUUGGGCAAGCUGCUUAGCAGCGAUGAUCUCAAUGUGCCCUCGGAGCAGGAUGUCUUUCACAGUCUGAUGUCGUGGGUGCGCCACGAUUCCGCUGCCCGUGAGCAGCACAUACCGGAGCUGUUGGCCCUGGUGCGACUGCCCCUACUGCAGCCAGCGUUUAUCAUGGACCACGUGGAGAACGUUUGCAAUGCCAACGAGUGCCAGCAGCUGGUUAUGGAGGCAUUCAAGUGGCACCUGAUGCCCGAGCGCCGAUCCCGGAUAGCCACCGAGCGAACAACGCCGCGCAAAUCCACGGUGGGUCGUCUCCUGGCCGUCGGCGGCAUGGAUGCCCACAAGGGCGCCAUCAGCAUCGAGAGCUACUGCCCGCGUUUGGACAAGUGGACACCGUGGAAGCACAUGACCGGUCGUCGACUGCAAUUCGGCGCUGCUGUCAUGGAGGAUAAACUGAUCCUAGUGGGCGGACGUGAUGGGCUAAAGACCCUGAACACCGUAGAGAGUUUGGACCUGAAUACAAUGGCCUGGGCACCGCUCAAUGCCAUGGCCACACCCCGUCAUGGACUGGGCGUGGCGGUGCUGGAGGGUCCACUCUAUGCGGUGGGCGGUCACGACGGCUGGAGCUACCUGAACACCGUGGAGAGAUGGGAUCCCAUAGCGCGCACUUGGAGCUAUGUGGCACCCAUGUCCUCGAUGCGUUCCACCGCCGGCGUGGCUGUCCUGGGCGGUCGCCUGUAUGCGGUGGGCGGACGUGAUGGUUCCGUCUGUCAUCGCUCCAUCGAGUGCUACGAUCCGCACACGAACAAAUGGAGCCUACUGGCGCCGAUGAACAGGAGACGCGGCGGCGUUGGCGUGACGGUGGCCAAUGGUUUCCUGUACGCCUUGGGUGGCCACGACUGUCCGGCCAGCAAUCCAAUGGUCUGCCGCACGGAGACGGUGGAGCGCUACGACCCAGCCACCGAUACCUGGACUCUGAUCUGCUCACUGGCUUUGGGCCGGGACGCGAUCGGCUGUGCCCUGCUGGGCGAUCGCCUGAUCGUCGUCGGCGGCUACGAUGGCAAUCAUGCGCUGAAGAGCGUCGAGGAGUACGACCCGGUGCGCAAUGGAUGGAACGAGCUGGCGCCCAUGGCUUUCGCAAGGGCCGGCGCCUGUGUGGUGGCGAUUCCGAAUGUCAUACCGCCGGCGGCUCAACAGCCGCCGCCCAGUGCUACAGUUUAGUCCAAACCCAAUCCACUUUCGGUUGCAGUGUAGGCUCGUUAAUUGCAUCGCUUAUUUCGGAUAGAAGGGCCAGAUGUUUGGAAACGAUUUGCAUUUAGCACCCAGCCAAAUUUAUACGCGAAAUUCCUAUUAGAUACCCAUUAUUUGGGUAGAGCUUUAUAAAUUGCAUUUAAUGUUAGUAAAUUUGUCAAGAUGUUUCGCUCGGCAGUUAAUGCUGCACACAAACUGUAGAUUUUAUACCUUUCUUGCAUUAAUCUUAAAAAUCCAAACAUUCCACGUUUACAAAAGAUAUUUUCCCAAAUUUACCAGUUCAUGUAAAGCAUUUCCAUUUACUUGUAGAUAUUAAGGAACUUUAGGAGGCAAUAAUCAAAAGUAGUUUUAUAAGUAGCGUGGUCUGAAAGCGAUGCACUUAGCGAGAGAGCACUGCACCCGUUCUAUAGUAGUUGUUGUUACUGUUGCUGUGAGCUGCUCGUGGUUGUUGCUCGUGUUUCCUAACCCGGCAAGUUUGAAACUGCAGCUCACCUUCGCCUCGCCUCGCUCUCGUCUGUGUUCUGACAUGAUUCCCUGUGAAAAAGAAGAAGUGGAAGCCAGUGAGAUUGGAUCCAAUCUGCUAUAAUAGGCGUCCCAGAUGUGUCGAGUUUGUCGACUACUAUAACAUGUAAAUGCUAGACAGACAAGACAACAAACAAAGCAAACUAUAAACAUUUAAGCCAAGCUAAAAGAAAAAACACAAGAAAACUUGUC